AUGGAGUUGAUGACUCCCCUCAUGGAGAACCCUGGAGGAGGGCAGGAGGAGGAGGACUCUGAAGUAGACCAGGAUCCAGAUCUGCUGCCUGCAGACACCAGGAGCUGGGCAACAGCCACCAGGGCAUCACGUAAGUUAACACACCCUAACUACCUCAACAGCCACCAGGGCAUCACGUAAGUUAACACACCCUAACUACCUCAACAGCCACCAGGGCAUCACGUAAGUUAACACACCCUAACUACCUCAACAGCCACCAGGGCAUCACGUAAGUUAACACACCCUAACUACCUCAAACAGCCACCAGGGCAUCACGUAAGUUAACACACCCUAAACUACCUCAACAGCCACCAGGGCAUCACGUAAGUUAACACCACCCUAACUACCUCAACAGCCACCAGGGCAUCACGUAAGUUAACACACCCUAACUACCUCAACAGCCACCAGGGCAUCACGUAAGUUAACACACCCUAACUACCUCAACAGCCACCAGGGCAUCACGUAAGUUAACACACCCUAACUACCUCAACAGCCACCAGGGCAUCACGUAAGUUAACACACCCUAACUACCUCAACAGCCACCAGGGCAUCACGUAAGUUAACACACCCUAACCUACCUCAACAGCCACCAGGGCAUCACGUAAGUUAACACACCCUAACUACCUCAACAGCCAACCAGGGAAUCACGUAAGUUAACACACCCUAAACUACCUCAACAGCCACAGCGGAUCCGUAAGUUAACACACCCUAACUACCUCAACAGCCACCAGGGCAUCACGUAAGUUAACACACCUCAACUACCUCAACAAUGAAACACUUCAGAUGCCAGAUUCUGUAACAUAGAGGUAUUCUCUAUUAGUGGUUAGUUAUUGUACUGGAGGUUUGUGUUAGUGGACACUGAGGCCCUUCAGGAAUUGAGUUUGAAUCGCAUGCCAUUCAAUAUCAAAUUACAUUGGUCUCAGAGUAGACCCCUAAUCCUAACCCUCUCUGUGUUCCACAGGUUUACUCAGGCUCUCAUCCACCUGCUGAAGGGGAACAUUGGGACUGGGUUGCUGGGUCUUCCCCUGGCAGUACGCAACGCAGGUGUCAUAGUGAGUAACUAAUGUCCCACUAGGGAUACUACAUUUACAUUUGAGUCAUUUAGCAGACGCUCUUAUCCAGAGCGACUUACAGGAACAAUUAGGGUUAAGUGCCUUGCUCCAAGGGCACAUCAACAGAUUUUUCACCUAGUCGGCUCAGGGAUUCAAACGAGCGACCUUCGGUUACUGGUCCAACGCUCUUCACCACUAGGCUACCUGCUGCCUUACACCCUUCAAACCAUAACACAAACAGGGCUGGGUCACACUUUACAUUACAUGAGUGUCCUUGUGUACUGGUGUAAGUACAUUGUAAGAUUGUUUUGGUUUAUUCAGUAGGAAAAAUACGCAAUCUCUUGUGAGAGUCAAGGCAGAGAAAAGGCUGGGAACCCACUAUAUUGGCAAGAAAGUGUCUCAGAAAACUUGGCCUUGGUUUUAAAGUUACUGAGUGAACUUGCACGAUGUGUCAUGCCUACAGCAUUGCAUUAUACAUCAUUGAAAUUGGUUGGUAAAAAUAAUUGGAAUUCGCUAAUGCUUUAACAGAAAAGCAAGGCAAGAAAAUGUAAUGGGCUGGGCAUGAAUAUGGAUUAGGCAUAAAUAUGUAUUACAUGAUUAUCUCUGAUCUGAAUGUUUAUUGGAAGUAAAACACAGAUGUGUAAGAACAUUCUUAUGAUUCCAUUGUUUGAUUUAACAAGCGAUUCAGUUUCUGUGUUUACUGGACCAGUCUGUACGAUAAGAGCAGAAAUGAACAUACCUUGUACAAAUGAAUACACGCAUAGGAAUUACAGUGGCUUGCGAAAGUAUUCACCCCUUUGGCAUUUUUCCUAUUUUGUUGCCUUACAACCUGGAAUUAAAAUUGAUUUUUUGGGGGUUUGUAUCAUUUGAUUUACACAACAUGCCUACCACUUUGAAGAUGCCAAAUAUUUUUGUUGUUUGAAACAAACAACAAAUAAGACAAAAAAACAGAACUUGAGCGUGCAUAACUAUUCACCCCCUCCCAAAGUCAAUACUUUGUAGAGCCACCUUUAGCAGCAAUUACAGCUGCAAGUCUCUUGGGGUAUGUCUCUAUAAGCUUGGCACAUCUAGCCAGUGUGAUUUUUGCCUGUUCUUCAAGGCAAAACCGCUCCAGCUCCUUCAAGUUGGAUGGGUUCCGCUGGUGUACAGCAAUCUUUAAGUCAUACCACAGAUUCUCAAUUGGAUUGAGGUCUGGGCUUUGACUAGGCCAUUCCAAGACAUUUAAAUGUUUCCCCUUAAACCACUAGAGUGUUGCUUUAGCAGUAUGCUUAGGGUCAUUGUCCUGCUGGAAGGUUAACCUCUGUCCCAGUCUCAAAUCUGUGGAAGACUGAAACAGGUUUCCCUCAAGAAUUUCCCUGUAUUUAGCGCCAUCCAUCAUUCCUUCAAUUCUGACCAGUUUCCCAGUCCCUGCAGAUGAAAAACAUCCCCACAGCAUGAUGCUGCCACCGCCAUGCUUCACUGUGGGGAUGGUGUUCUCGGGGUGAUGAGAGGUGUUGGGUUUGCGCCAGACAUAGCGUUUACCUUGAUGGCCAAAAAGCUCAAUUUUAGUCUCAUCUGACCAGAGUACCUUCUUCCAAAUGUUUGGGGAGUCUCCCACAUGGCUUUUGGCGAACACCAAACGUGUUUGCUUCUUUUUUUCUUUAAGCAAUAGUUUUUUUCUGGCCACUCUUCCGUAAAGCCCAGCUCUGUGGAGUCUACGGCUUAAAGUGGUCCUAUGGACAGAUACCCCAAUCUCCGCUGUGGAGCUUUGCAGCUCCUUCAGGGUUAUCUUUGGUCUCUUUGUUGCCUCUCUGAUUAAUGCCCUCCUUGCCUGGUCCGUGAGUUUUGGUGGGCGGCCCUCUCUUGGCAGGUUUGUUGUGGUGCCAUAUGCUUUCCAUUUUUUAAUAAUGGAUUUAAUGGUGCUCCGUGGGAUGUUUAAAGUUUCUGAUAUUUUUUCUUAACCAACCCUGAUCUGUACUUCUCCACAACUUUGACCCUGAUCUGUUUGGAGAGCUCCUUGGUCUUCAUGGUGCCACUUGCUUGGUGGUGCCCCUUGCUUAGUGGUGUUGCAGACUCUGGAGCCUUUCAGAACAGGUGUAUAUAUACUGAGAUCAUGUGACACUUAGAUUGCACACAGGUGGACUUUAUUUAACUAAUUAUGUGACUUCUGAAGGUAAUUGGUUGCACCAGAUCUUAUUUAGGGGCUUCAUAGCAAAGGGGGUGAAUACAUAUGCACGCACCACUUUUCCGUUAUUAAUUAUUUAGAAUUUUUUUGAAACAAGUAAUUUUUUUCAUUUCACUUCACCAAUUUGGACUAUUUUGUGUAUGUCCAUUACAUGAAAUCCAAAUAAAAAUCCAAGGGGGAUGAAUACUUUUGCAAGGCACUGUAAGCUCCAAGCCUUCUGGGGUGUUAAUGCAGUGUUGUGGAAGAGUUGGGAGUCAUUGUAAGUGGUCUCAGUGGACCUGCUAGACUCCUCUGUCUACAGACGAUGAUUGCCUGCUGUGGUUCCUGGCUCAAGUUAAGUUGAUUUUGGGUUUUAUAUUUGGGCCUCUGCGUCAUGUGCCAUUAAACCCCUACAACUCAUCCAGAAUGCCGCAGCCCGUCUGGUGUUCAACCUUCCCAAGUUCUCUCACAUCACCCCGCUCCUCCGCACACUACACUGGCUUCCAGUUGAAGCUCGCAUCUGCUACAAGACCAUGGUGCUUGCCUACGGAGCUGUGAGGGGAACGGCACCUCCGUACCUUCAGGCUCUGAUCAGUCCCUACACCCAAACGAGGGCAUUGCGUUCAUCCACCUCUGGCCUGCUGGCUCCCCUACCUCUGCUGAAGCACAGAUCCCGCUCAGCCCAGUCAAAACUGUUCGCUGCUCUGGCACCCCAAUGGUGGAACAAGCUCCCUCACGACGCCAGGACAGCGGAGUCACUCACCACCUUCCGGAGACAUUUGAAACCCCACCUCUUUAAGGAACACCUGGGAUAGGAUCAAGUAAUCCUUCUAACCCCCCCCCCCAAAAAAAAGUAAAGUGGUUAUCCCACUGGCUAUAAGGUGAAUGCACCAAUUUGUAAGUCGCUCUGGAUAAGAGCGUCUGCUAAAUGACGUAAAUGUAAAUAUAUAUACAUAUAUAUACACACACAAGAGUUCAAAGGUCAUAAUAACUCUUAUGUAGACUUGUAUGUGUAUUGCCCUGGUUUGCCCCUGCUAACUGGGCAGGGCACACAACCCUUAUCUCUGAGUAUUACACAUGGAUGUGAGUGUGUAAUGUACAAUGGUUUAAAGUACAGUGUGUGUGUGUGUCAUGUAUGUGACGUGUUAUCAGAUUAAUAUUUGAAUCUGUAGAUUGCUGCAUCUUCUUCUCUGAACCAAGGCCUGCUUAAUCAGUUAGUGAGGUGUUCAUCAAACUAGUCCUCAGCACCAUGGUAUAAACCUCCCUGUGUGUCUUCCUGCUGUGUAGCUGUGGCACUGGCUAGUGGCUGAUCUCAGAUCAGUUUAUUGCCUCAUGUCUUUCCUGUCAAUCCUCCAUUUGCUAAAUGGACAAUAGGAGGAUAGGAUCAGGCUAGACAAGUGUCAUUAUUUGAAAGGACAAUCAGGUAAACUUCAGACUAAUCUUGUCUACCAGCCAGCUCUGUUGCAAUUGAGACUGAGAACGAGGUUAGCUUCAGACCAACAGUAGGCACAGAUGAUCACUCCUACCAUACCAGUGAAACCGAGGUAGCCUGCAUGUCACAUUUAUGACGUUGCCAAGGAUACAUUGCGUUUGCUCGAAUUUCCCCACAGAAUCUGCAGGCUCCAUAGACUAGAUGAUGUGCUAGUAUUGUAUCUUGGUUGAGAAGGAAACCAAAAUGUCGUUGUGUAUCCUCUUGCUUAAUCUGCCCUCCUUUGUGCUGUCUCAUGAUGAUGGUGUGAUCAUGUCACAUGACCGAGAGAUCUUGUGUGUGUGUGUGUAGGGCAAAACUGAACAGGGCAAAAUAAGUCGCAACACAGUUAUGUGAAAUGAUGUUUUCCGUGACAUACACUAAUGGUCAAAAGUUUUAGAACACCUACUCAUUCAAGGGGUUUUCUUUAUUUUUAGUAUUUUCUACAUUGUAGAAUAAUAGUGAAGACAUUAAAAUUAUGAAAUAACACAUAUGGAAUCAUGUAGUAACCAAAAAAGUGUUAAUCAAAUCCAAAUAUAUUUUAUAUUUGAGAUUCUUCAAAUAGCCACCAUUUGCCUUGAUGACAGCUUUGCACACUCUUGGCAUUCUCUCAACCAGCUUAACCUGGAAUGCUUUUCCAACAGUCUUGAAGGAGUUCCCACAUAUGCUGCGAAGAUCAUUCGUUAACCCACACCGUGUCUCACAAAGACACGGCGGUUGAAACUAAUAAUCUCCAAUUUGGAAUCCAGACCAAAGGACAAAUUUCCACCAGUCUAAUGUCCAUUGCUCGUGUUUUUUGGCCCAAGCAGGUCUCUUCUUCUUAUUGAUGUCCUUUAGUAGUGGUUCCUUUGCAGCAAUUCGACCAUGAAGGCCUGAUUCACACAUGUUGAGAUGUGUCUGUGACUUGAACUCUGUGAAGCAUUUAUUUGUGCUGCAAUUUCUGAGGCUGGUAACUCUAAUGAACUUAUCCUCUGCAGCAGAGGUAACUCUGGGUCUUCCAUUCCUGUGGCGGUCCUCAUGAGAUCCAGUUUCAUCAUAGCGCUUGAUGGUUUUUGCGACUGCACUUGAAGAAACUUCAAAGUUCAAGUUCAAAGUUCUUGACAUUUUCCGUAUUGACUGACCUUCAUUUCUUAAAGUAAUGAUGGGCUGUCGUUUCUCUUUGCUUAUUUGAGUUGUUCUGCCAUAAUAUGGACUUGGUCUUUUACCAAAUAGGGCUAUCUUCUGUAUACCCCCCCUACCUUGUCACAACACAACUGAUUGGCUCAAAUGCAUUAAGGAGGAAAUAAAUUCCACAAAUUAACUUUUAAGAAGGCACACCUGUUAAUUGAAAUGCUUUCCAGGUGACUACCUCAUGAAGCUGGUUGAGAGAAUGCCAAGAGUGUGCAAAGCUGUCAUCAAGGCAAAGGGUGGCUAUUUGAAGAAUCUCAAAUAUAAAAUAUAUAUUGAUUUUUUUUAAUCUCUUUUUUGGUUACUGCAUGAUUCCAUAUGUGUUAUUUCAUAGUUUUGAUGUCUUCACUAUUAUUCUACAAUGUACAAAAUAGUAAAAAAUAAAGAAAAACCCUUAAAUUAGUAGGUGUUCUAAAACUUUUGACCGGUAGUGUACAUAGAAUAUCAAAGAGCUAUCCCACUACUGAUUGUGUAUAAGUGAGAAGUAGCCUAUUUCUCAGGGUUAUAUCUGAUGCAUUUGCACUACUAUGGACUGUUUGCUGUAGAGUGUUCCUGUCUGGUUCACAGUUGGUUUCAGUUGGUGUUGACAUUACUGUCAGUAUGUUCUCAGUCUGUUCUUUGUGUGUUUUUGUUUCUCCAGGUGGGGCCUCUUUGCCUGGUGCUGAUGGGUGUGGUCUGUGUUCACUGUAUGCACAUCCUGGUCCACUGUAGCCACCACCUGUGUGAGAGGUAAUAACCAUGCGAUCACACACACACAGAGACACACAACCACACACCUUAGAGCGCCCUUAGCAGCAUCCUCACUGACAAGCCCCUUGGGUUUCAUAGCCGUCAUCAACACCUGUCUCGUUUUGUUUUUCCUCACACAUACUUUCCUUUUCAAUACAAUGACAGUAAUAAAAACACUUAACCGCCAGGGACCCAGCCGCUCUGUCGACUUAUGUGCUCUCUCUCUCUCUCUCUCUCUCUCUCUCUCUCGCUCUGUGUGUCUCCGCUUCACUUCAAGUCUGUGAGCACACCGCUCUGCUUAAUACGGUGGCUAAUGUGCAGUCAUUUAUUUUGCUGGAUCUAAUGAUGAGUUGGUCAGACGUGAGAUGUUAAGUGCUUCCUGGGUGUAAACGAGCCCUGGAGGUCGCCCACCCACAUCUCCAUUACUCUACUGACAAGUGCUCUAGCAACAACAUCAACCCGCCUCCCUAAACACAAACACACACACACACACACACACACCCCCUAUCAAACAAAAUUAAAUACAUACAAACAGUGAGUCUUGGAUGAGGAGUACGAAACAUUGAGAGAGAGCGGUAGGAAGGGGGAGAGAAGGGGAUAGCUAGAUGGAUAGAGAGAGCGAGAGGUAGGGAGGGGGAGAGAAGGGGAUAGAUAGAGAGAGAGAAGUAUUUACUCUCGUUUUCCCUCUCAUCAGUUAUUUGCUUUUUAUUCUAAAUCCUCAGCGUGUGUACCGUGUUAGUGCUGGGAGCAGAUAACAACCAGCUAGAGGUCUUCACAGGUCCAAAAAGUUGGAUCAGUGGCUUUCCCACCCGACCCGAUAUGCAUAAAUAAAAAAUAAAACAAUUGAGACCUGUUCUGAAUGUACCCGAGGACAGUCAGAGCCGUUCCGAAAACGACCAGGGUAAACAGACCAAAACAGACCCGUGCUGGUUCGGAUCCGAGAGACCUGUUCAGGUCCGAAAGCAGGAGAAGAUAGAUUUAGACUUGGAUUUUUCCGCAAGGACAUACAGUUGAAGUCGGAAGUUUACAAACACUUAGGUUGGAGUCAUUAAAACUUGUUUUUCAACCACUCCACACAUUUCUUGUUAACAAACUAUAGUUUUGGCAAGUCCGUUAGGACAGCUACUUUGAGCAUGAUACAAGUAAUUUUUUCCAACAAUUGUUUACAGACAGAUUAUUUCACUUAUAAUUCACUGUAUCACAAUUCCAGUGUGUCAAAAGUUUACAUACACUAAGUUGACUGUGCCUUUAAACAGUUAGGAAAAUUCCAGAAAAUGAUGUCAUGGCUUUAGAAGCUUCUGAUGGGCUAAUUGACAUCAUUUGAGUCAAUUGGAGGUGUACCUGUGGAUGUAUUUCAAGGCCUACCUUCAAACUCAGUGCCUCUUUGCUUGACAUCAUGGGAAAAUCAAAAGAAAUCAGCCAAGACCUCAGAAAAUGUAUUGUAGACCUCCACAAGUCUGGUUCAUCCUUGGGAGCAAUUUCCAAAAGCCUGAAGGUACCACGUUCGUCUGUACAAACAAUAGUACGCAAGUAUAAACACCAUGGGACCACGCAGCUGUCAUACCGCUCAGGAAGGAGACGCGUUCUGUCUCCUAGAGAUGAAUGUACUUUGGUGCAAAUCAAUCCCAGAACAACAGCAAAGGACCUUGUGAAGAUGCUUGAGGAAAUGGGUACAAAAGUAUCUAUAUCCACAGUAAAACGAGUCCAGACUAAAAAAGCCACUAAAAAAGCCAGACUACGGUUUGCAACUGCACAUGGGGACAAAGAUCGCACUUUUUGGAGAAAUGUCCUCUGGUCUAAUGAAACAAAAAUAUAACUGUUUGGCCAUAAUGACCAUCGUUAUGUUUGGAGGAAAAAGGGAAACGCUUGCAAGCCGAAGAACACCAUCCCAACCGUGAAGCACGGGGGUGGCAGCAUCAUGCUGUGGGGGUGCUUUGCUACAGGAGGGACUGGUGCACUUCACAAAAUAGAUGGCAUCAUGAGGAAGGAAAAUUAUGUGGAUAUAUUGAAGCAACAUCUCAAGACAUCAGUCAGGAAGUUAAAGCUUGGUCACAAAUGGGUCUUCCAAAUGGACAAUGACCCCAAGCAUACAUCCAAAGUUGUGGCAAAAUGGCUUAAGGACAACAAAGUCAAGGGAUUGGAGUGGCCAUCACAAAGCCCUGACCUCAAUCCUAUAGAACAUUUGUGGGCAGAACUGAAAAAGUGUGUGCGAGCAAGGAGGCCUACAAACCUGACUCAGUUACACCAGUUCUGUCAGGAGGAAUGGGCCAAAAUUCACCCAACUUAUUGUGGGAAGCUUGUGGAAGGCUACCCAAAACGUUUGACCCAAGUUAAACAAUUUAAAGGCAAUGCUACCAAAUACUAAUUGAGUGUAUGUAAACUUCUGACCCACUGGGAAUGUGAUGAAAGAAAUAAAAGCUGAAAUAAAUCAUUCUCUCUACUAUUAUUCUGACAUUUUCAAAUUCUUAAAAUAAAGUGGGGAUCCUAACUGACCUAAGACAGGGGAUUUUUACUAGGAUUAAAUGUCAGGAAUUAUGAAAAACUGAGUUUAAAUGUAUUUGGCUAAGGUGUACGUAAACUUCCGACUUCAACUGUAUACAGGAUACUACCCUCCACAACAACCUUCACUCCAAAUCAAAACUCUAAACCUACAACCUGAUUUUGGACAAAAUUACCUUGAAGGAUACCUACAACCAAAGAUUCAUUUUUCCAAGGUCUAUACAGCAAAUGCUCUGGCAAACCAACGAACAGCAAAAGAAGCACAAGAAACCUGAAAACACCAUCCAACCUGGAACUGAGUGAGUAAUGUUUAGUUUGAAGUUACUUUUAAAGCCAAGAAGAAAAAUUAAUUACAAUGAUAUAUUUUACUUUAUAAGGACUGAUAUGUAGUCAGGACACUUCAAUUGUAAAUUACCUCAAUAAGAAACAAUAUUGUUGCUUUGAUCACAUCAGAAGAUAUCCUCCUCGCAAUCUCCAAAAUACAACAGCCACAGGACAACUUUGUUUGGAUGUCGUAAAGGACCAUUUGCCGAAACUGAAGAGAUAUAGCUAGCUAACUUCCUUUUCCACAUGGAAAAAAAUCGGUGGACAGAGACUUGCCAGCUACGUUAGCUAGUCAGCUGGGAUUGUCUACGAGGAAUCUGCCUCCGGAAAAAAGCUUAUCCCAAAUGGGUGUGACACCUACUCCCGUUGCCUGCUGCACUGCUGCUUGGAUUCCACCUGGUGAUCUGUUCACCGUCUGCCCUGGCCUGUCUCCCCCUGUCUGGUACAGGUACCCCCGCCACACUCCCCCCUCUCUCCCGAGCUUUCGCUCACCUCAAGCACACACGCACUGUUGGGGCGAGUGACUCUGAACUUACAAUAGCUAGCCCCUUUUCUUGUGCUUUAUGCUAUUUGCCUCAUGACUCCUGUGUGCUUUGUUGACUAUUAACUUGCUUGUUUACCCAACUGUGGGACAGACUAUGUUUGUUCCCACACUCGGGACUCUGACUCUCUAUUGGUUACACAGAUUCUUGGCCUCCCAUCCUAUUCUAACCACCUCUCGCCGGCUUUUGUAUUCAUGUUACCUGAUGAAAUUGCUGUACAAUAUGAUCUUGUUGCCAUCUAAUGCACAUUCAAAUGUCAUAAAUCAACACUGCAGAGCUCUCCCUGUCCUCUGCCGUGCCCUGAUUGUAUAACUGCUGAUGAUAUCUGGAAAUGUGCACGAAUACCCUGGCCCAUCUACUGUUGCUAGCCCAGUUCUUGUACUCUGAUAUAAUAAUAUAAUAAUAUGCCACUUAGCAGACGCUUUUAUCCAAAGCGACUUACAGUGAUAUCUGCUUCACUGAUUUCUGCUCUGGUAAGAGCCUGGGUUUUCUGCACGUUAACACUAGAAGCUUAUUACCUAAAAUGGAUCAAUUGAAAGUGUGGGUUCACAGCUCCAAUCCAGAUGUGUUGGUCAUUACUGAGACGUGGUUAAGAAAGAGUGUUUUGAACACUGAUGCUAACCUUUUUCGGCCAGACUGAUCUUCCAAAGGUGGUGGAGUGGCAAUCUUUACCUAGGAACACCUUCAGUGCUUGGUUGUCUCCACCAAGUCUGUCCCCAAACAAUUUGAUUUGCUGGUUUUAAGCAUUAAACUUUCAAAUAGCUCUUUGUUGACUGUUGCUGGGUGUUAUCGUCCACCAUCAGCACCGGCCUGUACCCUAAAUGCCCUAAGCUCUCUCCUGGUCCCUUACAUUAAGUCUGAAUUUUCCUGCUAGGUGACCUAAACUGGGACAUGCUUAAACCACCUGACCAAGUCCUAAAGCAAUGGGACUCCCUAAAUAUUUAUCAGAUUAUUACCAAUCACCCAGAAAAGGCUACUCUCCUUGACGUUAUCCUCACAAAUAAUCCUGAUAGGUAUCAGUCUGGUGUUUUCUGUGAGGACCUUAGUGACCACUGUUUUAUAGCCUGUGUUCGUAAUGGCUGUUCAGUGAAACGACCUGUCCUGAUUUGUCAUAGACGCUUGCUAAAAGCUUUAAUGAGCAAGCCUUCCUUCAUGACCUGGCCUCUGUAAAUUGGUAUAGAAUAAUCUUGAUCCCCAAUGUCGUAGACGCUUGGACCUUCUUUUUUGAUAUUUUCAGUGGUAUUGUUAACAAACACGCCCCCAUAAAGAAAAUGAGAAUUAUGGGUCUAAUCCCAGUAAAUUCUGGAAAACAGUUAAAGACCUGGAGAAUAAACCCUCCUCCUCACAGCUGCCCAUGUCCCUUAAUGUUGAUGAUGUGGUUGUUACUGACAAGGAGCACAUGGCUGAGCUCUUUAAUCACCACUUCAUUAAGUCAGGAUUCCUAUUUGACUCAGCCAUGUCUCCUUGCCCGUCCAUUUCCUCAUCUCCCACCCCUUCUAAUGCGACUAGCCCCGAUGCUCCUCCCUCUUUUUCCCCUGCCCCGCUACAAAGUUUCUCCCUGCAGGCGGUCACUGAGUCCAAGGUGCUAAAGGAGCUUCUUAAACUUGACCCCAAAAAAACAUCUACGUCAGAUGGUUUAGACCCUUUCUUCUUUAAGGUUGCUGCCCCUAUCAUCGCCAAACCUAUCUCUGACCAUUUUAACUUGUCUCUCCUCUCUGGGGAGGUUCCCAUUGCUUGGAAGGCAGCCACGGUGCGUCCUUUAUGAAGCACAGUUCCCGCUCAGCCCAGUCAAAACUGUUCGCUGCUCUGGCACCCCAAUGGUGGAACAAGCUCCCUCACGACGCCAGGACAGCGGAGUCACUCACCACCUUCCGGAGACAUUUGAAACCCCACCUCCUUUAAGGAAUACCUGGGAUAGGAUAAAGUAAUCCUUCUACCCCCCCCCCCCCCAAAAAAAACAAAAAAAAAACAUUGUAAAGUGGUUAUCCCACUGGCUAUAAGGUGAAUGCACCAAUUUGUAAGUCGCUCUGGAUAAGAGCGUCUGCUAAAUGAUGUAAAUGUAAAAAUGUAAAGGGGGAGAUCAAGCUGAUCCUAACUGUUAUAGGCCAAUUUCUAUUUUACCAGCUAAGGAGUAUUGGUGUCUCUGAGGGGUCUUUGGCCUGGUUUGCUAACUACCUCUCUCAAAGAGUGCAGUGUAUAAAAUCAGAACAUCUGCUGUCUCAGGCACUGCCUGUCACCAAGGGAGUUCCCCAAGGCUCGAUCCUAGGCCCCACGCUGUUCUCAAUUUACAUCAACAACAUAGCUCAGGCAGUAGGAAGCUCUCUCAUCCAUUUAUAUGCAGAUGAUAUAGUCUUAUACUCAGCUUGCCCCUCCCCGGAUUUUGUGUUAAACACUCUACAACAAAGUUUCCAACAAGCUUUCUCUGCCCUUAACCUUGUUCUGAACACCUCCAAAUCAAAGGUAAUGUGGUUUGGUAAGAAGAAUGCCACUCUCCCCACCGGUGUGAUUACUACCUCUGAGGGUUUAGAGCUUGAGGUAGUCACCUCAUACAAGUAUUUGGGAGUAUGGCUAGAUGGUACACUGUUCUUCUCUCAGCACAUAUCAAAGCUGCAGGCUAAGGUUAAAUCUAGAGUUGGUUUCCUCUUAUCGUAAUCGCUCCUCUUUCACCCCAGCUGCCAAACUAACCCUGAUUCAGAUGACCAUCCUACCCAUGCUAGAUUACGGCGACAUAAUUUGUAGAUCAGGAGGUAAGGGUGCUCUCGAGCAGCUAGAUGUUCUUUACCAUUCGGACAUCAGAUUUGCCACCAAUGCUCCUUAUAGGACACAUCACUGCACUCUAUACUCCUCUGUAAACUGGUCAUCUCUGUAUACCCGUCACAAGUCCCACUGGUUGAUGCUUAUUUAUAAAACCCUCUUAAGCCUCACUCCCACCUAUCGGAGAUACCUACUGCAGCCCUCAUCCUCCACAUACAACACCCGUUCUGCCAGUCACAUUCUGUUAAAUGUCCCCAAAGCACACACAUCCCUGGGUCGCUCCUCUUUUCAGUUCACUGCAGCUAGCAACUGGAACGAACUGCAAAAAACACUCAAACUGGACAGUUUUAUCUCCAUCUCUUCAUUCAAAGACAAUCAUGGACACUCUUACUGACAGUUGUGGCUGCUUCGCGUGAUGUAUUGUUGGCUCUACCUUCUUGCCCUUUGUGCUGUUGUCUGUGCCCAAUAAUGUUUGUACCAUGUUAUGCUGCUACCAUGUUGUGCUGCUGCCGUGUUGUGUUGCUACCAUGUUGUUGUCAUGUGGUGUUGCUACCAUGCUGUGUUGUCAUGUGUUGCUGCCAUGCUAUGUUGUUGUCUUAGGUCUCUCUUUAUGUAGUGUUGUGGUGUCUCUCUUUAUGUAGUGUUGUGGUGUCUCUCUUUAUGUAGUGUUGUGGUGUCUCUCUUUAUGUAGUGUUGUGGUGUCUCUCUUUAUGUAGUGUUGUGGUGUCUCUCUUUAUGUAGUGUUGUGGUGUCUCUCUUUAUGUAGUGUUGUGGUGUCUCCCUUUAUGUAGUGUUGUGGUGUCUCUCUUUAUGUAGUGUUGUGGUGUCUCUCUUUAUGUAGUGUUGUGGUGUCUCUCUUUAUGUAGUGUUGUGGUGUGGUGUCUCUCUUGUCGUGAUGUGUGUUUUGUCCUAUAUUUAUAUUUUUAAUCCCCCGUCCCGGCAGGAGGCCUUUUGCCUUUUGGUAGGCCGUCUUUGUAAGUAAGAAUUUGUUCUUAACUGACUUGCCUAGUUAAAUAAAGGUUAAAUACAAAAUAAUAGAGAGAAGGAAACCUCCAACUGGGCACUGCCAGCACCAUCAAUAAACAAGCGAUAUUGUCCAAAUUAUCCACAGCUACAUGUCCUUAAACUGCCUAGAACAAAUUACAAAAAAAACUAUUUGUUGUGUUUCGAUGUGUAACAUAUUCAAAACAUUAUAGUCUGUUAUAUUGUUUUUUACUUCCUAAAACAAUAGUGGUCCACCUCACGGUUCAGUUGUCAGAGAUUGGAGCGAUAAAUGCAUCAGGGCAUUGUAUACAUAUACUGCAGGCCUAUAGUCCUAGGCUUCCACUGUGUGAUAUUCAUAUUUACUAAAUAAAUAUUUAAGGAGAGCUUAGGGCUAGCCCUAGAGAGACCGAGAGAAAGAUAGAGAUAUGCCGGCGCCAUGUUCCCGACAUCAACACGGAUGACUUUAUACUUGUCAGGCUACUACUGCUAUUCAGAUAUAGGCGUACAGAAGGAGGCUAUUUCAUUAAUUUUCGCUCAGAGUAUAUUUUUUAUAAAGAUAACCAUUAUAUUGUUAGUAACUCUGGUAGGCCUAAAACAUUAUUCCUCACCUCAAGUUCAACUGUGGGAGUCAGUUGGAGUGUCGGUGCACACUGCCUUCAUAGGCCUGCUGUAGCUAAGCCUGAUAAUAGCCAUACCAAACCAAACCUUCACAAAAGCUGCUUAAUUUUAAAAUAAAAAGUAAGUCAAGUCAUUGUUUAUAGGGAAAAUACGAACAGGUUAUUAUAUUGUGACAUUAAAUUAAUUCCCAACAAAGGAGAUUGCCUACCCAACAAAUGACAGCAAUAGGCUAAUGUUAUUUCUUUUAAAAGAGGCCUACUUUUAACCUUCAACUAAAUACGGAGCACAAAAUUAAAGAAAGUUAGAACUUGAUUUAGCCAAUGAAAAUGUCUCAACAAAAUGAAACGAAACACUUUUUGCGAAGGCUAUUUAAAGAACCGCUUUAGAUGAUUAAAUAGGCCUACAGUAGUAGUAAUUAUAAUAAUUAUAAUUUACAAUUGAUAAUAAAUACGAAAAUAAAUGAAAGGUAGGAAAUUGCAUCAAACCUGAAUAUCGAGUUGCACAAAGUAUUUUUGGCCACGCCAACAUUCUUCUCAUCUUUGUCCACUACAAUAUUAAAACUUUUCCCCGAGGACAUUCCCCUUGUUGGCUUCUUUUCACUACACUCUUUCUUCGCAAUCAACAGUGGCCAAGGCUCCUCUCUCUCUUUCUCUCUCAAUUCUUUUAAAUUCAAAGGGCUUUAUUGGCAUGGGAAACGUUUACAUUGUCAAAGCAAGUGAAAUAGCUAAUAAACAAAAGUGAAAUAAACAAUAGAAAAAUGAACAGUAAACAGGAAUAGACAUUUCAAAUGUCAUUAUGGCUAUAUGCAGUGUUGUAACGAUGUGCAAAUAAUUGAAGUACAAAAGGGAAAAUAAAUAAACAUACUGUAAAUAUGGGAUGUAUUUACAAAAACUGUGUCACCUGAAAUGACAUCUGCACAGUAUUAAUCUCUGAGAUUAUUUCAAUAGAGCGUCGGAGAGAGUGACUAUCCACAGCAGAGAGACGGGAUCGUAAAGUAAUAUAUUGUAAUCGCCCCAUCCUCAUCCAAACCAGGACACGAUGUACUCGCUUUCAGACAGCCGUCUCAAUCUUCCGUUGUCUGCUUUCCAGCAAUCUAUCACCCCUUCUCUCUUUCUGUCUGUCUCUGUCUCUUUCUUCUGUUGGCCUCUUGUCUGCCUCUCUGUCUACCCGACAAGACAGACUAGGACAGCAGAGGAAGUAGACUCAGACAAAGAGACUUUCUGUCUUUCUUUUAAUUCUCUCAGAUCUUGUGGUCCAUCUUCCUCUUGUCACUGUUAUCUCUUGGUGCCACUCUCUGUGACGCCAAAUAUGUACCAAAUGUGUGACUCUCCUCUCCUCUCUUCUCUCUCCCAGGUUGAAGAGACCUCCCAUGGGGUACAGUGACACAGUGGCCUUCUCCAUGGAGCACAGCUCCUACCAGUGCUUCAGGAAGAGUGCCAGAUUUGGGAGGUGAGAUGAGAACGCUCUAUUCAUCUGGAGGUCAACCUAUGACACAUCACCCGUAUAGUCACAUGACUCCUCUGGUUGCUUAAGUGCUGCAGGUGUCGAAAAAGGCCCAGUCCCAAAUGGAUGACUCACCCCUAUCCCUUGGCACCUAGAAGCUAUUCAAAUCCCUCAUAUCUGUGACAAAAAUAUAUGUAGUUCUGUCCUUGAGCUGUUCUUGUCUAUUAAUGCUCUGUAUUAUUUCAAUUUUUUGUGUGGACCCCAGGAAGAGUAGCUGCUGCUUUUGCAACACCUAAUGGGGAUCCUAAUAAAAUACCAAAUACAAAAGGUCAACAAGGGCCUAAUGGUAAGAAUAGAUGAUGGUAUAUCAGGCAGUUUGGGAUGGCAGCCAUAGUUUAAAGAUGUCUAUAAAGGAGGGAUGGUUAACAAUAUAUAUCUCUACAGUUGGUUCAGUACUGAGGUUCUCCGGCUGUGUGCUCAUGUUUGACAUAGAGGAAGUUCUAAUCUAUGCAACUCCCCCAUGGUAAUGGAUUACAUUUAUGAAGUGCAUGUUAUGAAAUGACUCAACUGACAAUCCAAAAGCACUCUCUGUUGAUUGGGUCUAACUCACUUACAUUCACUACCACAGCCUUUCAUUUGAGAUUCAUAUAUGCUUUUUUGGUCCAGCAGAAUGCUUACUGGUUGCUUAAGUGUUGUUAUAGAUGAGAAAAAGGCAUUUAAUGUAGCGUUUGAAUAGAAUAAAAGGUUUGAAUGGUGGUCUGAGAAUGACAGAUUGUUCAGCACUACCUCUCAAAUGCUUCAGUUUGACUUCAUUCAUUGAAUAUAUCUUAAUGAAACCUUUCAUUACUUAUUGUAAGCAACAGCAGUAAAAUACUACCUGACUACAACAGCAGUAAAAUACUACCUGACUACAACAGCAGUAAAAUACACUGCUCAAAAAAAUAAAGGGAACACUUAAACAAUGUAACUCCCAUCAAUCACACUUUUGUGAAAUCAAACUGUCCACUUAGGAAGCAACACUGAUUGACAAUACAUUUCACAUGCUGUUGUGCAAAUGGAAUAGACAACAGGUGGAAAUUAUAGGCAAUUAGCAAGACACCCCCAAUAAAGAAGUGGUUCUGCAGGUGGUGACCACAGACCACUUCUCAGCUCCUAUGCUUCCUGGCUGAUGUUUUGGUCACUUUUGAAUGCUGGCGGUGCUUUCACUCUAGUGGUAGCAUGAGACGGAGUCUACAACCCACACAAGUGGCUCAGGUAGUGCAGCUCAUCCAGGAUGGCACAUCAAUGCGAGCUGUGGCAAGAAGGUUUGCUGUGUCUGUCAGCGUAGUGUCCAGAGCAUGGAGGCGCUACCAGGAGACAGGCCAGUACAUCAGGAGAUGUGGAGGAGGCCGUAGGAGGGCAACAACCCAGCAGCAGGACCGCUACCUCCGCCUUUGUGCAAGGAAGAGCAGGAGAAGCACUGCCAGAGCCCUGCAAAAUGACCUCCAGCAGGCCACAAAUGUGCAUGUGUCUGCUCAAACGGUCAGAAACCGACUCCAUGAGGGUGGUAUGAGGGCCCGACGUCCACAGGUGGGGGUUGUGCUUACAGCCCAACACCGUGCAGGACGUUUGGCAUUUGCCAGAGAACACCAAGAUUGGCAAAUUUGCCACUGGCGCCCUGUGCUCUUCACAGAUGAAAGCAGGUUCACACUGAGCACAUGUGACAGACGUGACAGAGUCUGGAGACGCCGUGGAGAACGUUCUGCUGCCUGCAACAUCCUCCAGCAUGACCGGUUUGGCGGUGGGUCAGUCAUGGUGUGGGGUAGCAUUUCUUUGGGGGGCCGCACAGCCCUCCAUGUGCUCGCCAGAGGUAGCCUGACUGCCAUUAGGUACCGAGAUGAGAUCCUCAGACCCCUUGUGAGAUCAUAUGCUGGUGCGGUUGGCCCUGGGUUCCUCCUAAUGCAAGACAAUGCUAGACCUCAUGUGGCUGGAGUGUGUCAGCAGUUCCUGCAAGAGGAAGGCAUUGAUGCUAUGGACUGGCCCGCCCGUUCCCCAGACCUGAAUCCAAUUGAGCACAUCUGGGACAUCAUGUCACGCUCCAUCCACCAACGCCACGUUGCACCACAGACUGUCCAGGAGUUGGCGGAUGCUUUAGUCCAGGUCUGGGAGGAGAUCCCUCAGGAGACCAUCCGCCACCUCAUCAGGAGCAUGCCCAGGCGUUGUAGGGAGGUCAUACAGGCACGUGGAGGCCACACACACUACUGAGCCUCAUUUUGACUUGUUUUAAGGACAUUACAUCAAAGUUGGAUCAGCCUGUAGUGUGGUUUUCCACUUUAAUUUUGAGGGUGACUCCAAAUCCAGACCUCCAUGGGUUGAUACAUUUGAUUUCCAUUGAUAAUUUUUGUGUGAUUUUGUUGUCAGCACAUUCAACUAUGUAAAGAAAAAAGUAUUUAAUACGAUUAUUUCAUUCAUUCAGAUCUAGGAUGUGUUGUUUAAGUGUUCCCUUUAUUUUUAUGAGCAGUGUACUACCUGACCUCAACAGCAGUAAUAUACACUACCUGACUACAACAGCAGUAAUAUGCACUACCUGACCUCAACAGCAGUAAUAUACACUACCUGACUACAACAGCAGUAAUAUACACUACCUGACAACAACAGCAGUAAUAUACACUACCUGACCUCAACAGCAGUAAUAUACACUACCUGACCUCAACAGCAGUAAUAUACACUACCUGACAACAACAGCAGUAAUAUACACUACCUGACUACAACAGCAGUAAUAUACACUACCUGACUACAACAGCAGUAGUAUACACUACUUGACUACAUCAGCAGUAAAAUACUACCUCACAACAACAGCAGUAAUAUACACUACUUGACUACAACAGCAGUAAUAUACACUACCUGACAACAACAGCAGUAAUAUACACUACCUGACUACAACAGCAGUAAUAUACACUACUUGACCUCAACAGCAGUAAUAUACACUACCUGACUACAACAGCAGUAAUAUACACUACCUGACCUCAACAGCAGUAAUAUACACUACCUGACUACAACAGCAGUAGUAUACACUACUUGACUACAUCAGCAGUAAAAUACUACCUCACAACAACAGCAGUAAUAUACACUACUUGACUACAAUAGCAGUAAUAUACACUACCUGACCUCAACAGCAGUAAUAUACACUACCUGACCUCAACAGCAGUAAUAUACACUACUUGACUACAUCAGCAGUAAAAUACUACCUCACAACAACAGCAGUAAUAUACACUACUUGACUACAAUAGCAGUAAUAUACACUACCUGACUACAACAGCAGUAAUAUACACUACCUGACCUCAACAGCAGUAAUAUACACUACCUGACUACAACAGCAGUAAUAUACACUACCUGACCUCAACAGCAGUAAUAUACACUACCUGACCUCAACAGCAGUAAUAUACACUACCUGACUACAACAGCAGUAAUAUACACUACCUGACAACAACAGCAGUAAUAUACACUACCUGACUACAACAGCAGUAAUAUACACUACCUGACCUCAACAGCAGUAAUAUACACUACCUGACCUCAACAGCAGUAAUAUACACUACUUGACUACAUCAGCAGUAAAAUACUACCUCACAACAACAGCAGUAGUAUACACUACUUGACUACAACAGCAGUAAUAUACACUACUUGACUACAACAGCAGUAAUAUACACUACUUGACCUCAACAGCAGUAAUAUACACUACCUGACUACAACAGCAGUAAUAUACACUACUUGACUACAACAGCAGUAAUAUACACUACUUGACCUCAACAGCAGUAAUAUACACUACCUGACUACAACAGCAGUAAUAUACAGUGCAUUCGGAAAGUAUUCAGACCCCCCCCAUCAAUCUACACACUUUUCCGCAUAAUGACAAAGCAAAAACAGGUUAGUAAAAGUUUUUGCAAAUUGAAAAAUAAAAAAUAUAUGAAAUAUGACAUUUACAUAAGUAUUCAGACCCUUUACUCAGUACUUUGUUGAAGCACCUUUGGCAGCGAUUACAGCCUCGAGUCUUCUUGGGUAUGAUGCCACAAGCUUGGCACACCUGUAUUUGGGGAGUUUCUCCCAUUCUUCUCUGCAGAUCCUCUCAAGCUCUGUCAGGUUGGAUGGGGAGCGUCGCUGCACAGCUAUUUUCAGGUCUUGCCAGAGAUGUUCGAUCGGGUUCUCAAGUCUGGGCUCUGGCUGGGCCACUCAAGGACAUUCAGAGACUUGACCCGAAGCCACUCCUGCGUUGUCUUGGCUGUGUGCUUAGGGUUGUUGUCCUGUUGGAAUGUGAACCUUUGCCCCAGUCUGAGGUCCUGAGUGCUCUGGAGCAGGUUUUCACUAAGGAUCUCUCUGUACUUUGCUCCGUUCAUCUUUCCCUCAAAUCUGACUAGUCUCCCAGUCCCUGCCGCUGAAAAACAUCCCCACAGCAUGAUGCUGCCACCACCAUGCUUCACCAUAGGGAUGGUGCCAGGUUUCAUCCAGAUGUGACGCUUGGCAUUUAGGGCAAAGCGUUCAAUCUUGGUUUCUUCAGACCAGAGAAUCUUGUUUCUCAUUGUCUGAGAGUCUUUAGGUGACUUUUGGCAAACUCCAAGUGGGCUGUCAUGUGCCUUUUACUGAGGAGUGUCUUCCGUCUGGCCACUCUACCAUAAAGGCCUGAUUGGUGGAGUGCUUAUGUAAAUAAGGUAUUUCUGUUUUUUAUUUUGUAUACAUUUGCAAAAAUGUCUAAACCUGUUUUCACUUUCAUUAUGGGGUACUGUGUGUAGAUUGAUGAUACAUUUUAUUUAUUUAAUCCAUUUUAGAAUAUGGCUGUAACGUACCAAAAUGUGGAAAAAGUCAAGGGGUCUGAAUACUUUCCGAAUGCACUGUAUACUACCUGACUACACCAGCAGUAAUAUACUUCCUGAUUACAUCUGACAAUGUUUUAUACCCACUUUAUUGAUUUAGUUGAAAACCUAAUUUAACAGAGUCUUUAGAUGUCUUGUCAGUGUGUAAUCACCAGAUUUACGAGUAUUACACAUCAUAGGCUGAUUCAUUUUGGUUCAGCGAAUCACCAGCUAUAGUGAGGAACAUAUUUAGAGACAGGCAAGAGGAGAGGUCGAGACAGGAUUCUGAUUAGGUUAUUAUUGCUACUUGCUAGCAGUGAAGAUGCCCUGAUGCUUAUAGAAUAGAAUAUUAAAGAGUAGAAAAGUUAACGUAGAAAAGAACAGAGCAGAACUUCUAUAUUCUAUCAGCGUAGAAGCCAUCCAGAUAUUUCACAGCUAUUUUAACAUGUUUAUGUGUCCCUGUCUUGUCCUCCUGUACUGUUUUAGGCACCUGGUCAACUUCUUCCUGGUGUUGACACAGCUGGGAUUCUGCAGUGCAUACUUUGUGUUCCUGGCAGAGAAUAUCAAACAGGUAGGCUCUAUUCCCACCAAUCAAAUACAGACCGGUGUGUUGUGUUCUUAAAAGCCUACCAAUCAAAAACAGAUGUGUGUUGUGUUUCUGUAUACCCACCUAUCAAAUACAGAUAGACCAGUGUGUUAUGUUCUUAAAAGCCUACCAAUCAAAACAAACGACUGUGGAAGUGUGUCAGUAUUGCUGUCUAUCAAAAGCAAUGAAGUGUGUUGUCACUGACCAAUCCAAAUCAAUCCUGUACAGAUACUGAAUUGGUAUUAUAAACUGGGUAGUUCGAGCCCUGAAUGCUGAUUGGCUGGCAGCCGUGGUAUAUUAGACCGUAUACCACGGGUAUGACACAACUUUUAUUUGUACUGCUCUAAUUACGUUGGUAACCAGUUUAUAAUAGCAAUAAGGCACCUUGGGGGUUUGUGGUAUAUGGCCAAUAUACCACGGCUAAGGGCUGUAUCCAGGCACUCCGCGUUGCAUCGCGCUUAAGAACAGCCCUUAGCCAUGGUAUAUUGGCCAUAUACCACACCCCUUCGGGCCUUGUUGCUUAAUUAUAACUUGAUAUUCUCAAUAACCCAUAUUCAACUGAGCUGCCUAACUUAUCAAUCCCGGUUGCUUUGUGAUGUACCCCUCAGUUAGAUGGUGUGUUUGGAGGAUAACCCCUCUUCGUCCCAACUCUUGAGCUGUUCUAAUGGUUGACUUGCAGUGACACACAACGUUCCCUAGGAGAUGCUAGUGGUGUUUCAUCUCUGAGCGCUCUGCUUGCCUGACUUUCUCACCCUCUCUUUCUUUCUUUCUCUCUCUCUCUCGCUCCCUCACAAUUUAUAAACUGUCUAUCUCUCUCUGUAUUAGAUGGUGAUCUCCUCCUUAUGGAUUAGCAUAGAUAGCAUAGGUAGUCAACCAUUUCCAUAUAUAUGGACAACGAUAAAGGCCUCAUGCAGUGCCUCUUUAAUUCAAAACUCAAAUGUGAUUAUUUAGUAGGACAUUGCAAGGAGUAGUGCUAUCAGAGUGAUGAAGUAUGGUACAAUCUUCUAUUGAAAUGGACUGAAACUCUAAAACACUUAUGACAGAACAUUUUAAAAAUCAAUUUCUCUCUCCUCUCCUGUGUCUCUCUAUCUUUUUGUCUCUCCUUCUCUUUCGAUCUCUGUCUGUCUCUAACAAAGUUUAUUGUUAUUUAUUGGGUUGCAACUCCUCAAUCCAAACAUGUAGCAUCAUUAGGCAUUCUGCUAACUGACCUCACACGUACUCUCUGUGGUCUCAGCUCAUCAGAAAACGUUUACUGCUGUACCCGGGUCUCUCUGUGUUUGGACUCAAUAUACUAAUUGUUUACGCUCAUAUAGUAGUACACAAUUUAAGAUGUAUUCGUCCAAAGCUGAGCAAAGCUUCUUAUUGGUAGUUAAACAAACAGUGUGGUUGAACAGGGAAAAGCCACCAGAGCUUAAACAUUUUCAAACAUGGCAGAUUAGAUGUUUGUCUAGUUAUUCUGAAUUAGAAAAAGUAAACAGAGGAAUCUGAUACAAUAUAUAGAUGGCUUUAAUGCUCUGUAUGGCGCUGGUUGGUUGGCUUGUUACAUUGUGGGUCCAUCUCUAUCCCAGACUAGGUUCUAGUACCUUUGUUUUCACUAUGUAAAUUAUCUGUCAAACUCUUUAAAAUCUACAAUAUGCCAUUUUCACAGUUUUUAUCCAUGUCGACCACUUAGCCAGAGGUGGAAUGUGCACCAUGUAGCCUUUUUGUUCUGGACAGCCAUUGGUCCAUACUAGAGGUGUGCCCUCUUUAGAGGACAUUGGGUCUGCCCACGUUGUUUAUAUUAUAGUACUUUAUUUGCAAAAAGACUUGUUUAUUAAAGGCAGGAUUUUCUAUUUAUAUUGACAAGAUAUUCCAUUGACCGCUCUAACAAUGGAAAUGCAUGUCCUCAAAGAUGGAAGGCAGGCCGGGAGGAGGCGAGAUCUGGUGGUACCAUUCUAGCUAAUGAGAGGGCAGAUACGCAUGUGAACAACCGGCCAUAGAGAUAGAGGACUCAUCUUUUAUCAUUGUCCAUACUCAAUAAAUAAUAGGUUACUGGAUAUAUUUCAGUAGAGGUCUUUGGGACAUGUAUGUAAGUAGAAUAUGUAGUAUCUAACUGGACUGGUGUCCAUCUCCUCUCUAUGGUGCUUAGUUAUGAGACGGUGUGAUGCAGUAUUCCUCCUUAUGGGAUUAUAUGAGGCUAUAUCAUUGUGCAUUAUUUAAAACUAGUUGUCUAGAGCAGGGUUUCCCAAGGAAGGAAGCCCUGUACUACUCUAUCAUAUGAAAUCACAACUACACACUGCUCUCUCUCUCUCUCUCUCUCUCUUUCUAUCCCCCCAUUCUCUCUCUCUUGCUCGCUCGCUCUCUCUCUUUCUUGCAUUAUUUAUUUCCUGACAUCCACAACAAACAAGCUUACACGCAUAAACAUAGUAGAUAUUCAGUUUACUACACAGAUUAUACAAGCAGGCAUACAUUACUGUAGUAAAUGCACUCUCGGGGAUAUGCCAUUGAACCUACAGCAGCACAUACAAGUAACUGCCAAAAUAAAGGGAACGCCAAUAAAAAGUGUCUUACUAGAGCGUUGGGCCACCAUGAGCCGCCAGGCAUAGAUUCUACAAGUGUCUGGAAUGCUAUUGGAGGGAUGCGACAACAUUCUUCCACUAGAAAUUCCAUCAUUUGGUGUUUAGUUGAUGGUGAUGGAAAACGUGGUCUCAAGUGCCACUCCAGAAUCGCCCACAAGUGUUCAAUUGGGUUGAGAUCUGGUGACUGAGACACACACACACUUUAAACCCCCUAUGCUCCUUUGAGACCUCUCUUUCAAAGUAACUGAGCUCUCAUCUAGCCAUGGUGGACAAAAUAAUAUAUACUGAACAAAAAGCUGAAAUAAAAAAUCCCAGAAAUGUUCCAUACGCACAAAAGGCGUAUUUCUCUCAAAUGUUGUGCCCAAAUUUGUUUACAUACCUGUUAGUGAGCAUUUCUCCUCAAUCCACCUGACAGGUGUGGCAUAUCAAGAAGCUGAUUAAACAGCAUGAUCAUUACAAAGGUGCACCUUGUGCUGUGGACAAUAAAAGGCCACUCUAAAAUGUGCAGUUUUGUCACUACACAAUGCCACAGAUGUCUCAAGUUCUGAGGGAAGCGUGCAAUUGGCAUGCUGACUGCAGGAAUGUCCACCUGAGCUGUUUCCAGAGAAUGUAAUAUACAUUUCUCUACCAUAAGCCACCUCCAACGUCGUUUUAUACAAUUUGACAGUGCGUCCAACCUGUCUCAUAACCACAGACCACGUGUAACCACGCCAGCCCAGGACCUCCACAUCCGGCUUCUUCACCUGCGGGAUCGUCUGAGACCAGCCACCCAGACAGCUGAUGAAACUGAGGAGUAUCUAUUUGUAAGUCGCUCUGGAUAAGAGCGUCUGCUAAAUGACGUAAAUGUAAACGUAAAUGUAUUUCUGUCUGUAAUAAAGCCCUUUUGUGGGGAGAAACUCAUUCUGAUUGGCAGGUCCUGGCUCCCCCACGGCUGUGCCCCUGCCCAGUCAUGUGAAAUCCAUGAAUUAGGGCUGAAUGAAUUUAUUUCAAUUGACUGAAUUCCUUCAAUGAACUGUAAAUUCGUUGAAAUUGUUGCAUGUUGUAUUUAUAUUUUGACCCUCUACCAGCUGUAGCUCAGCUGGUAGAGCACGGCGCUUGUAACGCCAAGGUAGUGGGUUCGAUCCCCGGGACCACCCAUACACAAAAAUGUAUGCACGCAUGACUGUAAGUCGCUUUGGAUAAAAGCGUCUGCUAAAUGGCAUAUUAUUAUAUUAUUAUGUUAAUUACUUAAUUAACUCAGGAACCACACCUGUGUGUAAGCACCUGCUUUCAAUAUACUUUGUAUUCCCAAAGAUUGUCUAUUAUAUUGACAAGAUAUUCCAGUGACCGCCUGCCUUCAAAGAUGGAAGGCAGGCGGGAGGAGGCGAGAUCAGGUGGGACCAUUCUAGCCAAUGAGAGGGCAGAUAAGCAUAUGAACAGCCGGCCAUAGAGACAGAGGAAUCAUCUUUGUAUCUGUGCCAUUAUAGCCUUAAUGGCGCUGCCCAUGCUGUCACAGACGCUAUCUCCAUUUUCAAGUAGUCCAUUUUCUUCUUCUUCAUUGUCUGAUUGCUCCCAACUUUGUAAUCCCCACCCAGUUGACUACUUUAAAAUGGUGGAAGCCCUCAAUGGCAAUGUCCAUGUUAAAAUGGGUUAUAUCUAGCCCUCAAUGGCAAUGUCCAUGUUAAAAUGGGUUAUAUCCAUGAUGAGUCCUCUAUCUCUUUGACAACAGGCACAGUCAUUUUUUUCAAAGUUGCCGACAUGCCACGUGCGUUCACUUAUAUCAGUGCAUUCGUAACAACCUAACCAUUACAAAACUUAGAGUCGAUCAAAUAAGCCUCACGAAGCAAAUUAGCAAUUAAGUUUGAUGACCAACUUCGACACUUUCUCAUUGACCCCCCCAUACAAAAAUUCCUCAAUUCGUCUGCUUAUUUUCGUGGACAGAUUUUGGGCGGAGUAAAACCUCUCGCUUCACCUCUUCCUCUCUUGUAUCCCUCAUUUACUCAAGUGUUUCCUUUAUUUUGGCAGUUACCUGUACAUACCCAUCUCUGUAUGUGUUCGUAGUAUGACAAUAGCUAGCUACAUACAUAGAGUACUGUAUACACAUACUGCUGAUGGAUUAUGGGUGACAUAUGGAGUUGCUGUGUAGAUGGAUCUGUAAAGUCAUUCCAUUAGUGAGUGAAGAAUGUGGUGAGUGGGGGGUGAUGUGAAGAAUGUGGUGAGUGGGGGGUGAUGUGAAGAAUGUGGUGAGUGGGGGGUGAUGUGAAGAAUGUGGGGGGUGAUGUGAAGAAUGUGGUGAGUGGGGGGUGAUGUGAAGAAUGAAUAAACUCUUUAGUUAGAUUUAUUGAAUCAUUCUUUAAACCAAGGUCAUCAAUUGAGAACCUGUUUUUUAUUUAAAAUAACACCCUUAGUAGAGCGAGGUGGUGAGUGAGUGGUGACUUAUGGUAAUUUUAAAUGAGUGGAUGGGUGAACGAACUACACGCUGUAUUUCCAGGUAGCACCAUUUCUCUCUAUGCAUACGUAGCCAUCCAGCUCUGGGACUGGGAGACUAGCGGUUAAGAGCGUUGGGCCAGUAACCGAAAGGUUGCUUGUUCGAAUGCCCGGGACAAACUAGGUGAAAUAUCUGUCUGUGCCCUUGAGCAAGGCACUUAACCCUAAUUGCUAAACUAAGUCGCUCUGGAUAAGAGUGUCUGCUAAAUGACUAAAAUGUAUAAGCAGACAGUCUAAUUUAAUGAACCCCUGAUCUGCUUUCUAUCCUGUCUGAGCUGUGGGAUAAGAUGUAAUCAUGGGGAGAUAAUUUGGAGCCCCCACUCCCUCCUCUCCUCUCCUCUACCCCCCCCCCCCCCCCAUUUCUAGUCCUCUCCCUGGUGUUGUGUUGAAUAUUCAUUAAUCCCAGAAAGUUUUCUGAUCUUUAUUUCUCUGGGAAAGUUUUUUGUUGUUGAUAGAAGCGGGAGAGCUGCUUAUCGACAAGCAAGAGGCCAAUCCACUUCUUCACUUCCAUGAUAAGCUCCUAAAUAAAAUGGUUUUCUCUGCGAGGAGAGAACACGCAGCAGCCUUAAUUGCUGUCUGUAGAUUUAGUGGGAUCUCUAUCUGAAGGUGCCUUCCUGAAGGUCAACAGGGUGAAGGGGAGAGGUGAACAGACCACCAUUAAUCACACCUUUUUGUGUGUGUGUGUGUGUGUGUGCGCGCAUGCGUAUGCCUGUGUGUAUCCAUUCCUUCCUCUCUAGGUCGUUGAGGGCUACCAAGGUGUAAACAUCACCCUGGCAGAUGAAUCCUUGUCCUUUGCCAACACCUCCAUGGUGCCAGCCCUGGUCCCUCUACCCACCAUGGUGCCCUCUGAGCCCUGGGCGCUGGACCUGCGUCUCUACAUGCUCUUCUUCCUGCCCUUCCUCAUCCUGCUGGUGUUCAUGAAGGACCUGAAGAACAUGGCCGUCCUGUCGUUGCUGGCCAACGUCUGCAUGGCCGUCAGCGUCAUCAUCAUCUUCCAGUACAUCACGACGGUAAGCAUGUUGUGGUUUAUACUGUUGUUGUUGUUUUGGCCAGGGGGGCUUUACUUGGCUCAUCGCGCUCUAGUGACUCCUUGUGGCGGGCCAGGCGCCUGCAGGCUGACUUUGGUCGUCAGUUGAACAGUGUUUCCUCCGACACAUUGGUGUGGCUGGCUUCCGGGUUAAGCGGGCGGGUGUUAAGAAGCACGGUUUGGUGGGUCAUGUUUUGGAGGACGCAUGACUCGACCUUCGCCUUUUCCGAGCCCAUUGGGGAGUUAAAUAGUGAGCAUCUUUGGGCAAUUACCAAUUGAUUGUGAACAAUCUGGUGUCUGAGUGUGUGUGUGUGUAAGUGGGAACUGGGAAGUAGCUCCCUGUGGCCUGCAUACAUCCGCUGUGGAAGAUCGUACCCUUUGUCUGUACUGUCUGCUUCUGUGAAACAUGAGACUCCCUUGUAUCCACUACACAUUUUACAUUUACAUUUUAGUCAUUUAGCAGACGCUCUUAUCCAGAGCGACUUACAGUUAGUGCAUACAUUAUUAUUUUUCAUACCCCCUGUGGGAAUCGAACCCACAACCCUGGCGUUGCAAACGCCAUGCUCUACCAACUGAGCUACAUCCCUGCCGGCCAUUCCCUCCCCUACCCUGGACGACGCUGGGCCAAUUGCGCGCCGCCCCAUGGGUCUCCCGGUCGCGGCCGGCUACGACAGAGCCUGGAUUCGAACCAGGAUCUCAAGUGGCACAGCUAGCACUGCAAUGCAGUGCCAUAGACCACUGCGCCACUCCUGUGUAGUGCUGAGUGAUUAACCGAUUUUUAAACUACUAAUUUACCGGGGGGUUUUCUGUGAGCUCGAUGUGCAGUUUCUGUAGAGAUAAAUCAGAUCAAGCCUGAACUGUGCGAUGUAUUAGGGAGUUGUAGUUUCCAGCAGGCCAAUAUUCUACAUAGUUUAGCGCAGAAAUCGUGGUAAUUAACUACAAUGCUCGCUUAAACUUGUCCGGUCUGUGCGGAGCAGACACGGAGACUGAGGGAAGAGAGAGCCACGCGAUGGAGAGGGAUAGAGAGCAGUUGCUUCGCGAGCCUGAAAAUACAUCAUCUAAGUGAUCGAUAGUUGGUAUUCAGCAGUCAUAAAAGUACCCCAUGGAAAAAAAAGUAUUAAAAAAUAAAUACUGAUUAUUUAAAAAAUCUUUACAAAAGUUGUACCUUGGGCCUUUAAUAGUCCUGUAUUAGCGGACCGAUAUAGCCGUGUGUAGGAUAUAGCCGUCUGUAGGAUAUAGCCGUCUGUAGGAUAUAGCCGUCUGUAGGAUAUAGCCGUCUGUAGGAUAUAGCCGUCUGUAGGAUAUAGCCGUCUGUAGGAUAUAGCCGUCUGUAGGAUAUAGCCGUCUGUAGGAUAUAGCCGUCUGUAGGAUAUAGCCGCGUGUAGGAUAUAGCCGCGUGUAGGAUAUAGCCGUCUGUAGGAUAUAGCCGUCUGUAGGAUAUAGCCGUGUGUAGGAUAUAGCCGUGUGUAGGAUAUAGCCGUGUGUAGGAUAUAGCCGUGUGUAGGAUAUAGCCGUCUGUAGGAUAUAGCCGUGUGUAGGAUAUAGCCGUGUGUAGGAUAUAGCCGUGUGUAGGAUAUAGACCGUGUGUAGGAUAUAGCCCGGGUGUAGAUAUAAGCCGUCCUGUUAGAUAUAGCCGUGGUGUAGGAUAUAGCCUCGUUGUAAGAUAUAGUCCGUGUGUAGGAUAUAGCCGUUGUGUUAGUGAUAUAGCCGCCUGUAGGUAUAUAGCCAGCCGCGUGUAGGAUAUAGCCGCGUGUAACGAUUUUUUUCAGCAACAUGGUUCUCCCUUGUAGCCACUACACGUCUCCUGUGGAACAUGGUUCUCCGGGCCAUUUCCAAUAAAGUAUAGGGUCCAUUGUUUGGCUAUGGCUGGUCUUUACAAUGAAAGAUUGAACAGUUAGUGUCAGGGUGCACUUAGUUUCUAUGAGCGAUGAGGAACAACUUUUAAAAGCUUGUCUACUUGGACCGUUCUCAAGGUCAUUCUAAGAAUACAAUUAGGCAUUUUGGAGCAGAUUGACAUCAGAUGUAAAUGUUCCUGACGUGUGGUGUAAUCCAGCGUUGAUUGCUGUUUUAGAUUUCCCACAGAAGGUUGUGCCAGCCAGGGUUGUGUAUAUGCGAGUGUGUGUGGCACAGCUCAUCCCUCAGCUCUGUGUGUGUGUGGGUGGGUGGCAGGGCAGUGUUCCGGGCAGUGGUCUAGGUGCCCUUGUGAACAGCCCUCAUCAAUCACCAGUUGAAUUAUGUUUUAAAUAGAUUCAUUAGGGACCCCUGUCAGUCGCAGGGCAUCUCUGUGUGACGCGGUAGACGACACGCGUCCACAGGGGAACACAACACUGCAUCCCUAAUUCACCAUUAGGUCACCUAGCCGUCAACCCCACAACCUUUCUCCAUUUUUCCUCCCUCUCUUUCUGUUCUGUCUCUUAAUCUCUGACUGAUGUGUUACGGACUCUUUCUCUUACUGUUCUUUCUUUCUUUCCUUCCUUCCACUCUUGCUCUGCGCCUGGGAUUCUUAUUUUCCUCUGUUCUCUCUCUCUCUCUCUCUCUCUCUCUCUCUCUCGCUGUUUCACUCGGUUUUAUCUGUGAGUCUUUCACUGUGUCUCUGAGCCAGUGUCUCUUGUGUCCUUGGCAGUGAUGAGGAAGUAGAUUCUGUUCUAUAGGCCCUUAUGGGAGUAGCUCCUCUGACAGACUGUGUCAUUGUCCUUGUUUUCCUAAACGCCUGCUCCUCUGUCUGCUGUCGCCCCUCUCUGACAGGAUUUUGGGGACCUUCAGCGUCUCCCUCUCACUUCCCCCUUGGCCAAGUUCCCCUUCUUCUUCGGAACAGCCAUCUUUGCCUUCGAAGGCAUCGGAGUGGUAAGUACUCUUCAACAACUGGCACUCCAUUUGUCCCAAACCCUUAUGUACUUAGUAACACCUGAUAGGUUCCGGCACUUAUGUGACCGGCUUUGGAUUGGCUGAUGACUGGGGCCCACGGGCCACAGCUGCAGUUGAAAGCCUUGAACACUGCGUGGCUAAGAGAAUGUUCAGGUCAAGGAUAGCAUUAGUGUUAAUGUCAUAUAAUUGAUCCAGGGUGAAUAGUGAGGAUGGUGAGAGCAUUAACCUAAUUUCACCCUCAGAGGUGUCGUAGACAACCGGAUGCAUCCGGUUUUCUGGGGAAAUGGAAAGAGAGCCUGACUUCCGCUUUUGGACGUUAACAAGGCGACACCACUCCAUCUUAACUCCUCCUCCACAUUUACUGGAUUGGUUGAACAGUGCAGAAGAUAACCUCCCCCGGCAGUUAAUUUUUUCUCAUCAGGACCAGAAAGAAAGAAACGCUGCUCAGGUGUUUCUUUUAUGCCUGCUACGUUAGGUUAACCUUAGCUAGGUUAAAUGCUGACCUCAGAUGAGGGGGUUGAAGAAUGGAAAGGUCCAAUGCUAACUCCUGGUGAGAGGGUUAAACUGAGCUAAUCAGAGGGUUAAGCUAACGCUAACCUUCAGCUGGAGCUGGGGAUUCAGUGGGGAUGGGGAUGGUGUCCUGCAGAUAAGGCUGUGUUUGUGUGUGUGUGUUUGAAUGUGUCUGUGUGUGUGUGUGCGUGCGUGUGUGUGUUUAAAUGUGUCAGAAUGUGUGUGUGCCCGCCGUGGGCAUGAUGAUGUAUGAGGUGGUACCAGGGUGUAUUGAGAGAGGGGCAGAGGAAUGCACACUCACCGCCGCUAACCCAUUAAUCAGCCAACCGGCGGGCACAGGGUGAUGGCCGACACGUCACCACGACAGACGGAGACGACAGUAAGGCCACUCCGGAUCAGAACAUCUCCCUAGAGAAAGAGAGAGGGAGGAGAGGAAGAAGGAGAGAAGAGAGUACAAAAAAAGAGAAAGGUUGUGGAGAGAAUUGCAGACACUGCUCCUGCUCAGAUAGGGAUAGAUGGCCAGGAAGAAAGAAAGAAUGAAAGUAGUUAGGCCUCCUCAAGCUAGCCCAUUCCACUUUCUCUCUCUCUCUGGGAGUGAUCCACCACCAUAUGGGUUCUCUCAGUCACCCUGACAGGGUUAUUAUCCGCCUGGGGAUGCGAUAUUCACACCAAUCCCCUGGGAUAAGCAAUGGGGAAGGGAGAGAGCCGGCCUGAAACGUGUGUCACUGGGCCAAUUGGGAAUAACUGAUUGGCCGGCGCUGCUGCUGCCAGUAAAAAGGGAACUAACCGAGAGAAGGGGUUGGGUUACAUUUACAUGUUAGUCAUUUAGCAGAUGCUCUUAUCCAGAGCGACUUACAGUUAGUGAGUGCAUACAUUUUUCAUACUGUCCCCCCCGUGGGAAACGAACCCACAACCCUGGCGUUGCAAGCGCCAUGCUCUACCAACUGAGCUACAGGGGUUAAAUGCGGAAUACACAUUUCGGUUGAGUGCAUUCAGUUCUGCAACUGAUUAGGUAUCCCUUUUCCUUUCCACAUCUCCAGUAGGCACUUGACUAAUAUUAUUUACAUUUGACAUUUUAGUCAUUUAGCAGACGCUCUUAUCCAGAGCGAUUUACAGUUAGUGAGUGCAUACAUUUUUCAUACUGGCCCCCCGUGGGAAUCGAACCCACAACCCUGGCGUUGCAAGCGCCAUGCUCUACCAACUCUACCAAGCGCCAUGCUCUACCAACAGGAGGGCAUAACUAUGGUUCCUUCCAGCACUACAAACUGGGCCAAAGUGCUUUGGUGUGCUUCUCACUUACUGACAUACCUUUUAUCUGUACAUUCUCCACCUGCCUCUCCAGCGCAGGGUUUAUAAAGCAGAGAAAUAGUUCAGCUCCCUGCAGAUACUCUUGGAGCUAACGCUAAUUGUGUUGGCUAGGCCAGCUAAAGGUAGUCUGUUAGGUGUUUUGGCUUUGGGCUUCAGGGUUUAAAGGAAGGUUAUUAAGGUGGGUUGUGGGGGCCUGUUUCUUUCCAAACAAUCAUCUUAACCCCCUUUAAUCCUCACCUUGUCUAAUGAUCUCUCUCCCUCCUCUCUCAAGGAUAAACUAACAGACUGUAAGUAAGUAUUUUAAGACGGUAGAUUAGCCCAAGGCUGCGUGCUGCACCUUUGGAUGCCUCUGCUUUUGAUUCCAGGAAGUUUAUAGGUAGCAAGUGUUUGGACUCUUACCUCUCACUCUUCCAUCAAGUCGAGGGGCAUUUAGCAGAUGGAUACAGGCCCCGGGCUAAAGUAUUUUGGUGAAUUUGUUCAAGUUUUCUCCUUUGGCUCCGGAGGGGGAGAGGGAGGGGGGGGAGGGGGAGAGGGGAGGAGGAGAGGGAGAGGAGGGGAGAGAGAGGGAGAGGGGGAGAGGGAGAGCGAGAAAAGUGAAAAAAAAGGUAGUGAGGCACAGAAUAAUUUUUCUAAUAUUUGUUUAAAGAGAGACCACUACUCAUGGAUAUUGAGAGAGCCUCCCUGGUCCUCUUGGCAGGUUAUUUGUAUACUGUGUAAAUAGCCUAUUUUGUGCAGAGAGAGCGAGAGCGAGAGCGAGAUUUCCAUUACUUUGAUCUCUCCACUUUCCCUGAGCUUUGCUUUCUACUUGAAAGGAGAAGGCUUUGCUGCUUAUUUUGUGUGGUCACUCUACAGUAGAUCCACUGUGCACCAAGAGAUCAGUUGCCAGUGAUCUACUCCUCUGAUUUACAUAAUACUGCUCUGGGAUCCUCUGGGGAUCAGUAUUUUUUUCAGAAAGCCACUCUGUAGAGAGAGAAAGAGAGGACAUUUUAAACUACAUCUGUUAAAGGAGAAGUUUACUUUUUCUGAACCAAAUCAAAAUGCUUGUUAUAGAAGGGUCCAGACACUUUUUUUUUGCAAUUUCACUUGGUUUUGAGAAACUUACCCCAACUUCCUCAUUGUUAGUUCUGCAGUAUGGGGGCCGCAUAUAAACAUGAACAAAGGCUCCAAAAACACCCAAAUACUUCCCUUUAGAAAUGGCAAAGCUCCAAGUAUAGUGAUGCAGGUCUUUUUAGAUGUUGUACACAUGAAAUUGUCAUUCCGAACUUUAUCCGCAAUGUUAUAUUCCAUUGUGUUGCGACUCGAGCGAAACCUCUAUGUACAGCUGGAUAGGGGAAACCGCUCUAGUCGCACAAAAUGGAAGAUAACGUUGCAGAUAAAGUUUGAAAUGACACGAUUUUGUGUCAGACCCUCAGGUUUAGAAAUAUCUGGUUUGCAUUAUCUUUCUUUUUUCUCUUUCUUGUUCUCUCUCUCUCUCUCUCUCUCUCUCUCUCUCUCUCUCUCUCUCUCUCUCUCUCUCUCUCUCUCUCUCUCUCUCUCUCUCUCUCUCUCUCUCUCUCCCCAUUCCCCUCUUUCCCCCUUUUCUAACAGCAAUGUUGACCUAGUAAGUGCAGCAGGCAAAACAAGUUUUCCCUCUGCCUUGUGUCUUAAUCUGUUUUCCAGAGCCCCCUUUCUCCUCCGUGGCUCACCUACCUGGCUCUAUCGAUUCCUUGUCCCUAGUUUCUUUCUCUUUAAUGGCAGCUCUAGUCUUCUCCUAUGGCCUGCUGGAGACACUCUUCUUUUGAACUAAAAUUCUGAGGCUGAAGCUUCAGCUGGCCAGCCUGAUCGAUUGAAAUUCCAGAAUGAGAAAUGUAGCAGAGGACAUAAAUAUUGCAAUGAGGGAUGGGGAUUCGGCUCUUGCCUCAAACCAGGUUUUUAUUGGGCUGUGGGUUUCUUAAAGGCUCUCUGGGGUGUGGAGGCUGACUGUUAUGUACAGUGGCUUGCAAAAGUAUUCACCCCCCUUGGCAUUUUUUGUAUUUUGUUGCCUUACAACCUGGAAUUAAAAUUGUUUUUUGGGGGGUUUGUAUCAUUUAAUUUACACAACAUGCCUACCACUUUGAAGAUGCCAAAAUAUUUUUUAUUGUGAAGCAAACAAGAAAUAAGACAAAAAAAACAGAACUUGAGCGUGCAUAACUAUUCACCCCCCCAAAGUCAAUACUUUGUAGAGCCACCUUUUGCAGCAAUUACAGCUGCAAGUCUCUUGGGGUUUGUCUCUAUAAGCAUGGAAAAUCUAGCCACUGUGAUUUUUUUCCCAUUCUUCAAGGCAAAACCGCUCCAGCUCCUUCAAGUUGGAUGGGUUCCGCUGGUGUACAGCAAUCUUUAAGUCAUACCACAGAUUCUCAAUUGGAUUGAGGUCUGGGCUUUGACUAGGCCAUUCCAAGACAUUUAAAUGUUUCCCCUUAAACCACUCGAGUGUUGCUUUAACAGUAUGCUUAGGGUCAUUGUCCUGCUGGAAGGUGAACCUCCGUCCCAGUCUCAAAUCUCUGGAAGACUGAAACAGGUUUCCCUCAAGAAUUUCCCUGUAUUUAGCGCCAUCCAUCAUUCCUUCAAUUCUGACCAGUUUCCCAGUCCCUGCCGAUGAACAACAUCCCCACAGCAUGAUGCUGCCACUACCAUGCUUCACUGUGGGGAUGGUGUUCUCGGGGUGAUGAGAGGUGUUGGGUUUGCGCCAGACAUAGCGUUUACCUUGAUGGCCAAAAAGCUCAAUUUUAGUCUCAUCUGACCAGAGUACCUUCUUCCAUAUGUUUGGGGAGUCUCCCACAUGGCUUUUGGCAAACACCAAACGUGUUUGCUUAUUUUUUUCUUUAAGCAAUGGCUUUUUUCUGGCCACUCUUCUGUAAAGCCCAGCUCUGUGGAGUGUACGGCUUAAAGUGGUCCUAUGGACAGAUACUCCAAUCUCCGCUGUGGAGCUUUGCAGCUCCUUCAGGGUUGUCUUUGGUCUCUUUGUUGCCUCUCUGAUUAAUGCCCUCCUUGCCUGGUCUGUGGGUUUUGGUGGGCGGCCCUCUCUUGGCAAGUUUGUUGUGGUGCCAUAUUCUUUCAAUUUUGUUUAAUGGUGCUCUGUAGGAUGUUCGAAGUUUCAGAAUUUUUUUUAUAACCCAACCCUGAUCUGUAAUUCUCCACAACUUUGUCCCUGACCUGUUUGGAGAGCUCCUUGGUCUUCAUGGUGCCACUUGCUUGGUGGUGCCCCUUCCUUAGUGGUGUUGCAGACUCUGGGCCCUUUCAGAACAGGUGUAUAUAUACUGAGAUCAUGUGACAGAUCAUGUGACACUUGGAUUGCACACAGGUGGACUUUAUUUAACUAAUUAUGUGACUUCUGAAGGUAAUUGGUUGCACCAGAUCUUAUUUUGGAGCUUUGUAGCAAAGGGGGGUGAAUACAUAUGCAUGCGCCACUUUUUCGUUAUUUAUUUUUACUAGUUAUUUUUUCCAUUUCACUUCACCAAUUUGGACUAUUUUGUGUAUGUCCAUUACAUGAAAUCCAAAUAAAAAUCAAUUUAAAUUACAGGUUGUAACGCAACAAAAUAGGAAAAAAAACGCCAAGGGGGAUGAAUACUUUUGCAAGGCACUGUAAUGCUAAUACAUGCACUGUGCUUGGAUCCUGUACCCAGCGCUGCCUGCCUCUGUGCAGGAGGUGAGCGCUGUAGUGGGCUGAUUGAGCCUUGCUCGCUGUAGGUUUCUGUAUAAUGAGAGUUCAUCUAAUGGCCCUGGCCAAGUUUGGAGAGUUUUGAAACCACUGGCUUACUCGUAUGUAUUCAGACAUGCGUACAUAUAGACAUACACAUGACUACCUACACCCACAAAUGCAUAUGCAGGGGUUCUUAGUAAUGUAGGCUACACUCUCUUACUUAUCGAUAUUCAUGGAAACCCACUGUUCAGUGAUAUACAAUGCCAUGACAUAUGUACACAAGCACAUCCCAAGCUCAUUUUGACAUACAGUGGGGAGAACAAGUAUUUGAUACACUGCCGAUUUAGCAGGUUUUCCUACUUACAAAGCAUGUAGAGGUCUGUAAUUUUUAUCAUAGGUACACUUCAACUGUGAGAGACUCCAACCUCUCCACAAUGGCCAAGACCAGAGAGCUGUGUAAGGACAUCAGGGAUAAAAUUGUAGACCUGCACAAGGCUGGGAUGGGCUACAGGACAAUAGACAAGCAGCUUGGUGAGAAGGCAACAACUGUUGGCGCAAUUAUUAGAAAAUGGAAGAAGUUCAAGAUGACAGUCAAUCACCCUCGGUCUGGCGCUCCAUGCAAGAUCUCACCUCGUGGGGCAUCAAUGAUCAUGAGGAAGGUGAGGGAUCAGCCCAGAACUACACGGCAGGACCUGGUCAAUGACCUGAAGAGAGCUGGGACCACAGUCUCAAAGAAAACCAUUAGUAACACACUAUGCCGUCAUGGAUUAAAAUUCUGCAGCGCACGCAAGGUCCCCCUGCUCAAGCCAGCGCAUGUCCAGGCCCGUCUGAAGUUUGCCAACGACCAUCUGGAUGAUCCAGAGGAGGAAUGGGAGAAGGUCAUGUGGUCUGAUGAGACAAAAAUAGAGCUUUUUGGUCUAAACUCCACUCGCCGUGUUUGGAGGAAGAAGAAGGAUGAGUACAACCCCAAGAACACCAUCCCAACCGUGAAGCAUGGAGGUGGAAACAUCAUUCUUUGGGGAUGCUUUUCUGCAAAGGGGACAGGACGACUGCACCGUAUUGAGGGGAGGAUGGAUGGGGCCAUGUAUCGCUCGAUUUUGGCCAACAACCUCCUUCCCUCAGUAAGAGCAUUGAAGAUUUGUCGUGGCUGGGUCUUCCAGCAUGACAACGACCCAAACACACAGCCAGGGCAACUAAGGAGUGGCUCUGUAAGAAGCAUCUCAAGGUCCUGGAGUGGCCUAGCCAGUCUCCAGACCUGAACCCAAUAGAACAUCUUUGGAGGGAGCUGAAAGUCCGUAUUGCCCAGCGACAGCCCCGAAACCUGAAGGAUCUGGAGAAGGUCUGUAUGGAGGAGUGGGCCAAAAUCCCUGCUGCAGUGUGUGCAAACCUAGUCAAGACCUACAGGAAACGUAUGAUCUCUGUAAUUGCAAACAAAGGUUUCUGUACCAAAUAUUAAGUUCUGCUUUUCUGAUGUAUCAAAUACUUAUGUCAUGCAAUAAAAUGCAAAUUAAUUACUUAAAAAUCAUACAAUGUGAUUUUCUGGAUUUUUGUUUUAGAUUCCGCCUCUCACAGUUGAAGUGUACCUAUGAUAAAAAUUACAGACCUCUACAUGCUUUGUAAGUAGGAAAACCUGCAAAAUCGGCAGUGUAUCAAAUACUUGUUCUCCCCACUGUAUGUGCAUACAAAAACAAGCAUUCAUGGCAUGCCUAUUUACACCCACUCAAACUCCAGUCUCCACAUAUGCAAACACACUUUGUCUCUGUCACACACUUUACCCACUCUGCCUCUGUCCAGUGUGAUGUAUGAACAGAUCCACAACCUCCUUUCGCAUGCACACACACGCUAUACUCUGGCCCAAGACUAAUGGUGGAGAGAAUCUGCUUAGGGUAAUAUAAUAUCAUACAGCUGUAAUAGAAUGUAAAGUGAUCAUGUUCUGUGUCUCACUGGUAGCAUGGACCUUUUCUCUCAUUACAAGGGGAUUGUAGCCAACCAGAGGUCAGCAGUAGUUAGUUGAGUUCUCAACCUUUUGGCAUGAACACAAAAUGGCCGUUGGGUUGCUGUGGUGAGAGAAAGACGACACAAUGACUCAGGUGAUUGGCUUAAGGCUGCUACUCCUGACAUGAUUUGUUGCAAGGCGCUGUUGGCGGCAGGCAAUUGGCUGAGAGGCAAUAGCUGGCUAGGACUCCCUUCCCCACCGACAAUCCCAUAUUGCCCUCUUUAUUGCUUUAAUACUAAAUUGCCAUCAAUUAACAUUUAAUUAACCUUUAAUUGAUGACGAAUUAGUUGGAUAGGUCAACGAAGGAGAACUGUUGUAAUGACUACAGGCGGAGCGAGAGAGAGAGGCUGUUCUUUAGAGUUAUGUGUGACUACUUAAUCUGCCUGCAUAUUAGCCGCUCGAGUGCUAAGGUAGUGGCGAGCGAGAGAGCAUGUCUAACCGAAGGGGAGAGGGGGGCUGAUGAACGUGAUUCAACCUCGGUGUUGUGUCGGACGGACGCCUUGAGAAAUAAAUUACUUUUCACUUUGAUUUUCACUGUCAAGAACACAUAUAAAAUUUAAUCACUUUGAUAAACUUCAAGUAGUUUCGUGUCCUCAUUGAAUCUUUUUUGUUUUCUAACCUCUCUCAAUCGCUGACCUUGUCUGUUUGCUUUCCUUCUCUCUCUUUUUUUUCUCUUUCUGAUUUGCCAUCCUCCUCUCUACCCAGUGUACUUCUUUAUCUUCCCUCUUCUCGCUCACCCUCGCUCUCCCUCGCUCUCCCUCGCUCUCUCUCACUCUCCCCCCUCUCUUCCCAGUCUUUAUCCCUCAGUCUCUCCCCCUCUCUAUCUCUCCUCCUCUCCUCCAUCUCCAGCUCUCUCUUUCCUCAGUCCACAUCUAUGUCUCUGUAUGUGGCUGCUCCUCUCUCAUUAGUGGGCUGUUCCCCAGGCUGAGAGGUCAGUGUUAUUAGCUUGUUAACUGAACCACCUGUUGUUCUUAGCUGAAUGCGGACCAGCUGUCUAUCCAAUGCUGCAGUCUCACACACCCUGCUUGAUGUGGCGGUAAGAAGGCAGGGGCUCCUGGCACGGUGGCUUUGGUCAGGUCUCUUAGAUCAGUGGAGUUUUGGCAUGUUACUUCUCUGGCUCUGAAGCACCUCAGUCACUGUUGGAGUCUUGGCUGGUUGGCCCUGUUACGGAGUUAAUGUGGUUUGAGAGCAAUGUGUCUUUUGAGAUGUUUUGUUGUGAGCAAGGCAAGGUUCUUGGACAGGUAGCCAAACAGGAGAGGCCCUUUCCAACUUUUUAUUGUGAUUUAGAUGUAUCCACUAACUCUGACACAGAAAUCUAUAUUCCUGUUGGCUGUGUGCUUUCAUACCUUAGUCUAAUAGUGUUUUGUAUGCAUAAUCAGAGACCAGGUCAUUGAAGUGUUCCCCAUCCCUCUGUGUCUGUUAGCCUUGUUUGUGCUGCAAUUCUUCUCACUUCGCUGCCAGACGAAGUCAUGAAUCAACAAAUCAAACAGCAGUCAGAAACCCAUCAGCCGCAUCAGGAGGAGCGGUAACAAGCCCCUGUCAAGAAGUGAUCAGUCACAGCGAACAAGGGAAGAGGGAAAGAAAAAUAGAUCCGUUCUUUGAAUAUGUAUGUGACUUUGACAGCCAGGUUUAAACCUGUUCAAAUGAAACUGUUGUUUACCCAAAUUAGAAAGCAUCCAUAUUUUCUCGAGGUAAGGAGGAGAAGAGAGAGCGGGAAGAGAGGGUGAGAGAGAAAGAAAGAGAGGAAAUAAAAGAAAGAGAAAGGGUGUCUGGGGAUCUAAUUAUGCCACGGUCUCUUUAUGUGGAGGUUUGGUGAUGAAUGGCGAUCAUUAAUCCUGCUGCCCAGAUCGAGAGGCGUUCCCGGGGCGGAGAGCAGUUCCUCAGUCUGUGUGUGGUACUAGCAGUGAUAAUGUUCCCUGCCACCCUGUCAUGCAGCAUCCCUACGGGGCACGAGCCAAACGGCAACACCUCAAACAUCCAACACCCACCCUCCCACUCACCCUGCAUCCCAACUCUCCUCAUCCCCAGCAAAAACUGAGAACUUGGUAAACUUCUGGGGCUAAUGUAGGUCAGAGACUAGUCCUCCUAGCUGCUCUGUUAUCAUUCUCUAUGCCAAGGGUUUGUUAUUCAAUAAAAGACUGAUGAUUUUAAUCUUUUCAUAGCUUUUUCAGAUCUCAAUACUUUGUUUUUCGGGGCACUGUUUCCAAACUUUUAUUCAAGAUAGUAAUGUAUUUUUCUUGUAUUACUUUUAUUAUACAGCAUUCCUGUUUUCUUGACAAUUUGCGCUCCCUGUGUGUGUGUGUGUGUGUGUGUGUGGCAGGUUCUUCCUCUAGAGAACCAGAUGAAGGAACCGAAGCGGUUCCCCAUGGCUCUGAACAUAGGGAUGGGUAUCACCAUCGUCCUCUACGUUGUCUUGGCAACGCUAGGCUACCUCCACUUUGGUGACGACAUCAAAGGAAGCAUAACCCUUAACCUUCCUCACAACGCAUGGUAA